UUUCAAAGAAUAUAUUCCUUCAGAGUCCUAUAAAAUGGGCACGGUUAUUUCUUGGGCAAUCAGUGUUUUUAAAGCCACCGUAAUAUGCGUUUCGCUGGAAUACUUAUAUCACUCAAUUUAUUGAGUCUCUCCAGUGGAUUUCCCAUGGAGCAGGGAAAUGACUGCGAACUUUUGGAGCAUGUUGAUACCGACGAUUCGUGGUCAAAUAUAUUUCAUAAUGUCAGGAGAUCUCUGGAAGACGCCAUCAAACGAUCAUCAAAUAUGGAAAAGUGCACCUCCCAAGUUGAAUUUCUUCAGAGCUGCCUGGAUCGCGCCAACAAUCUCAAUUCCCCAAAAGAACAAAUGCAGUACGUUAUGGAAUUCAUGGACUACCAAGGAAUGCAUUCAAAAAAUGAACCGAUACGCAAAAAUACUUAUUUUGGAAAAAGUAUGAUACAUUUAUUCAGGAAAACUGUGGAUAAACUUACACAGCUGAGCAAAAAACUAAUUAAAGUGUCUGAAAAAAUUGAUGAGCGACUGGGCAAAACAAUUGACAAAAGCAAGCAACUACUUUUUGGGCAAGAAACAUGA